GCAAGUUGUUGGUGACCUGCGCCCCAUCACCAUCCCCCAAAUUGCCACGACAAUCACCUUCGUCUUUGUCAUCAGCGACUCCUGCACCCUUGUUGCCACCUCCUCAAAGCGGUCCAUGGUUGAAUCUUAGAGUCCAUUCAAACUGUAAAAUUGCGCGGAGGUAUACGUGGUGGGAUGCUGGCUCACUCGCGGUUCGGUGCAGUCGUUUGUGACGAGAACAGUUCUUCAAAAUAGAGUUUGGGUCGCAUCCGUGUGUUGGUUAAUCGUUUUAUGAGCGGGACGCCAAGUGUUUGAGUGAGAUCGGAGGCGGUUUUUGGUCUUGAAGUCGAGUCUAGGAAUCAGUAUAGUGGACUACAGGUAUAUUUCUAGAGCCACAUUGGAGUCUGCAAAACUUCUUUCGUUACAGAGUGACCUAAGAUCACCGGUGAUUGGAGAGUUCCGUGCCGCUAGUUCAUGCGGCGGUGCAUGCUGAUGGUAUUGGAUUGUAUAGGCAGAGACGUUCUUGUGAGCACAUUAUACAGCCUUGAGCGUCUUGGGCGGGGCAUUCAAUUAUUGAGACUGCGAAUCGAGCAGGAGAGGUUUAAGUGUGGUUAAGAAAGUUGUAUAAAAGGGCGUGGGAUUCUUGGUCGAAGAUCAAGGGAAUAUUUUUUAAGGUGAUUUUUGAAGAUAAAAGGUUUAGUAGGGAGACAGAAGAAGGGCGGAGCUAUUUGAGCAUGUGAGCGAAGAAUCUUCGAACAGAAGUGACCGAUGGCGAAGAUGCAUAGAGGAUGCGAGUUGUGCGACAGUGUAGCAUGUUUAUAUUGCUCAGCUGAUGAAGCCUACAUUUGUUGGACUUGCGAUGCUAAGGUUCACGGCGCCAACUUCUUAGUGGCUAGACACACACGGUCGGUUCUCUGCGGAACAUGUGGAAUCUCAACCCCAUGGCGGAUAUCUGGGGCGAACCCCACGCCUCUUACAGGAUUUUGUACAGACUGCUCACAAGGAGAGUCCCAGGGCGAGUGCACCACGUACAAGGACGGAACCGUUUUGGAUAGUCGAAGAGUAGCUUUGAGACUAAUUCCCGGAGUAGUAGAGCGGUCAGACUCGGUCUGUGAAAGUGGCUGCUCCUCAAGUAUCCGUAAGAUCUGCGAGGGUGUAGAAGGUGUAGAGGGUACGCUUCCACCUUCACUUUGUGCGAGUAGCCUAUCUCAGCUGAGCAGUGGAGAUAUGGGAAGUAACAGAAGUGAUCAAGCGAGUCCGUCCUCAGGUAUCUGCCAAUCGCUGAAGAGGAAGCGGUCCUUCGAGUGCUGCUCAGGAGAGUCUUCUCCACAGAGCAAACAGAUUGCUACUAGAACGACGGAGGAUGUCAAGAGAACUGCUACUCAUAGCCAGUGCGAGUGCGACAGUGUUUCUUCCUCUUCUCUUGGUUGUCGAACUAGUCCUACUCACGCACAUCAGGAUCCCUUCUUUGAAACAAGAGACUGUAUCAGAUCUCAACCCCAAGCGUUCCGAUCCAGCAGCAGAGCUCUCACCACUCUGUUAACAUCUUCCACUAAGCGCCAUCGAAUGGAGGACCGCACACAGAUGAGGCCUUCGUUUCCACGAAACCAGCAACAGGCGGUAUUAUCCACUUCCAGGUUAAUGAGAAUGCUUGCAAAAUGGCAUUGGGACCUGCACCUGAGCAGCCCUGGUACAGUUCCCCUUGCGUUGCGCAUAUUUCGCAAGGCAACCAGAACCAUGGCUCUAGAUGUUCUCUCAAGUUCAGGCGUGCGUGUCACUCUGGCCGCUUGCCUGCGGUUGGCUGCAGCAUUCGACGAAGCCCAAAUUACUGUUCCGAAAGCAAGUGAAGUUGCAGCUUGUGCUCGUGUAUCCACAAGAAAGCUGGUGAUGACAGAGAUCCAGCUGCUGGCGAUUCUGAGGUGGAGAAGAUGUCCAAUUUGGGCUGGUGUUCGCAGAUAAAAUACAUCAUACUUUCUGUAUGUGUUGCCCGCAUUCCCACGUUACACAUGAAGCCACAAGUCUUUCAGUAUCAUCUUCACGAGUUUCCGCAAAUUUAUGAAAAGAUAAUUUAUCUUUAGGACAUAGGAGACCAUGUCAUCUCCUGUAGAAGCUUGAGCCUAAUCUCUAUUUCCCGUGAUAGCUAUCGUUCGUAUAGCGAAAGUAGGAGUUCUGAAAAAGCUCCAGCUCUUGUGGCCAACCAAAAGAUCAGGAACAAGAUUAACAAGACUAAGUGCACUUACGGGGGUCUUGAUGUUGUAGGCAAUUUGGCAAACUGAUCGUCAGUAGACGGCACUAAUGAAUUAGGGAGGUUUGCUAACGUAAGCUCCUCUAAAGGUUACGAAUUUUUUAUGUAUGUAGGCGUAGAACAGCUUGAUCUGGGCCCUAUUCCUUGCGGACGUGCCCUUAGUGAGAGAAAUUAGUUUUUAAAUUUUUUUCAGGUUGCUAGGACUUAACUGGUCAGAGAACAUACGGUAUGCUCAGUUCAGGCCAGAGUACAUAGGUAGCUUAUAACGUUCGAUGGGACCCCCUUUUAUGAUACAUUGUAACCGCUAUUCACAUAGUUAAUACAUCCAUCGAACAUUUUCUUCAGCCGA